GCCCGCUGCACAACGGGUGACGGGCUCCGUCCCGGUAUCACCAGACUGGUCGCCAGGGGCCUGUCAGCGGGGAGCAAUAAUGGGGGGGCGAGUCCUACAGCCACUCACCUGCUGGGCGCUCACUGGUGCCUGCAGGCCCUGCUGGUGCGCACGGUCUCUGGUUACAAGCAUAACCCAAAGCAAGAUCUGUUUUCAUUAUCUGCCACAUCUGGACUUUCUAAGGGUGUUGAGAAGAUGGUGAAUGUCCUGAAGGGUGUUCUUAUAGAAUGUGACCCAGCCAUGAAGCAGUUCCUGCUGUAUUUGGAUGAGUCAAAUGCACUGGGGAAGAAGUUCAUCAUACAAGACCUGGAUGAAACGCAUGUUUUUGUGUUAGCUGAGUUGGUUAACUUCCUCCAGGAGAGAGUGGGCGAGUUAAUGGACCAGAACUCUUUUCCUAUUACACAAAAGUAAAAAGACUAGAAAGUGAAUUGACUAUUCCAAAAUUGCAAGCAACAUACAUGGUAUCAAAAGAGUUUUAUUGUUCAUUCUCUGCAUGAUCGAUUAGGGAGUCUUAGAGAGAAGUGGUUACUAUAACAAAAUGGAUUGUUUCCAUACACUAAAUACUUUUGAAUUGGCUUUGAUUUUUGCCAUUUUGAGAGAGACUUGAAAAGCAGGGUACCUUUCAGAGUUUGCUAGUCUAGAGGAUUUUCUGAUGCUUGGUAUAAAAAUACCAUAUUUGUGUUCCUUUACCCUCCUCCAUUUCUUUUCUUGUCAAAUUACAUUAUCUUAAAAACAGAGGGUAAUGGUGUCUUAUUUAUCAGCAUUUCCUUAGAAUAUUGUGUGUUUCACAUUCCUGCAGGUGAGAUUAGAGCAGGUUAUUGUAUGACUGACUGAUUAAACCAUCUGUAUUAACAUGUUACUUUGUGUAACUGAUGAAACACCCUCAGUAAGUUGAGUGCAUGAUGACAUGGAAUACUUAGCUUUUAUUUUUAAAAUAUUUGAUGCACCAAAAUAAAUAAAAUGUUUUCCCCCC